AUGCAAGCCACUAGAGCCAUCGGGAGGCUUACGCUGGUUCAUCAGUCUCGGAAUCUUGCUACGGUAGCUCUCGACCCUGAUUUCACCGUUGACCAUGUCGUCAUUGGCGCCGGUGUCGUCGGUCUAGCUGUCGCAGAACGACUCUCACGACGUCCUAAUACCUCAACGCUAGUCUUGGAAAGACACGCCCAAUUUGGCUACGAAACUUCAUCACGGAAUUCAGAAGUCAUUCACGCUGGAAUCUACUACCCUCCAACCUCACUGAAAACCAAACUGUGUAUUCGCGGACGUGAGUUGAUGUAUCAAACGUGUGCAGACGCUCGAAUACCGUUUAAAAAGAUGGGGAAAUGGAUGGUUGCUGUUGAGUCUGAAGAGUCAGAGUAUUUGCAUCAGAUGAAGGAUAAAGCUGACAAGUUGGGUGUGCCUACUACAUGGUUGACGAGGCAGCAGAUUGUAGAUGGGGAGCCAAAUUUGGUAGCUAAGGAGGUGUUGUUUAGUCCAGAGACUGGCGUGUUGGAUUCGCAUGCGUUUAUGGAGUACUUGGAGGCACGAUUGAAAAAUCAAGAAGGAGACAUAAUAUAUCGACAUCCGGUCGAAUCAAUAUCCUCUGCACGAGGUGGAGGAUAUCUGAUACGAGUAGGAGGCCCAACGCCAUCUCUCAUCAAAACGCGAAUCCUAGUAAACUCGGCAGGUCUCUAUUCCGAUCGCAUCGCUGCAUUUCUCCUUCCCGAGCAUUACGGACCAGGAACAGCAAAUCAAAUAAGAUAUACAAAGGGACACUAUUACGGCCUUCGAGGAUCAUCAACACUUGUACAUCGACUUAUAUAUCCAUGUCCGGAAAAGCAGGCCAGAGAGAAUGUGACGUACUUGGGAGUGCAUUGUACUUUGGAUUUGACUGGAAGGUUACGGUUUGGUCCUGAUGCUCUGUAUGUCGAUCGACCCGACGAUUAUAAAGUGAAUGAUGCAGAUGAGGUCUAUUUAACGGGAUUUCAUGCUGCCAUUAAGAGAUACCUACCAUCUGUGAGAAAGGAUGAUCUGUAUCCAGACUAUACUGGAAUUAGGCCAAAGCUAUCUGGAUAUGGUGAACCUUUCAGAGAUUUUGUCAUCAAAGAAGAAUCAGACAGAGGGUUUCCAGGAUUUUUGAACCUCGUCGGUAUCGAGUCGCCUGGUCUCACCAGCUCACUCGCGAUUGCAGAACACAUAGAAACGCAACUCUUGUAA